CGGAAACCACCUGAUGCGGUUCAAGAGGACCGUGAUUGACAUGAUUCUUCACAGAGUGCAACCAUGUCGUCCACUGUUAAAGUCAUUGUGGUUGGAGCUGGCAGCCGAGGCGAGGUCUACUCGCAUUUUGCAUCCGUUCACCCUCAACGAAUGAAGGUCGUUGGAGUUGCUGAUCCAAGAAAGUUUGCACGCAAAAAACUUCAAAAGUGGCACAGAGUAGCAGAUGACAAAAUAUUUGAAGACUGGCACACUGUGAUAGAAGAAGAGAAGUUUGCUGAUGCUGUCUUCAUUUGCACUCCAGACCGUCUUCAUAAGGAGCCUGCAGUUGCCUUUGCCAAGAAGGGGUACCAUGUCCUACUGGAGAAACCCAUGGCAACAACUGCUAAAGACUGCGCAGAGAUUGUGGAGGCAUGCACCCAGAGUGGUGUGACGCUGUCAGUGUGCCAUGUUCUGCGAUAUGACCCGGUCAUCCACAAGAUAAAGGAGCUUAUUGACGCUGGUGUCGUCGGGGAUGUGGUACAUAUUCAGCACCUGGAACCAGUUGGGUUCUAUCACUUUGCUCACUCCUUUGUUCGGGGAAACUGGAGAAAUGAAGCAGAGAGCUCUUUUGCCCUUUUGGCCAAAUCCUGCCAUGAUAUUGACCUAAUACAUCACUGGGCUGGGGGCCGGCGGUGUGUUAAAGUAUCAUCAUUUGGAGCUCUCAACCACUUCUGUAAAGAAAACAAGCCAACAGGCGCUGCCGACCGUUGCCUAGACUGUCCAAUAGAAGGAGACUGCCCUUACUCGGCUUGCAAAAUCUACAUGGACCGAGUUAAACAGGGUCACGUUGGCUGGCCAGUGUCAGUGAUAUGUCCCACCUCACUCCCAGACAUCGAGUCUGUGACGGCAGCGCUGCAGACUGGGCCCUAUGGCCGCUGUGUCUACGAGUGCGACAACGACGUCUGCACAAACCAGAUUGUGAACAUGGAGUUUGAGGGGGGCCUUACAGCAGCCUUCUCCAUGGUAGCGUUUACUGAGGAGAUCUGCAAACGAAAGACCGCCAUCUAUGGCAGCAAGGGGGAACUCUCCUACGAUGGCUGUCAGAUUCGGGUGAUUGAUUUCCUCACACAGAAAACCACCUUGCACACAGCACCAAGCGAUGCCCCUGGGUGCUUUGGCAUGUAUGGGCAUGGUGGAGCAGACUACCACCUUAUGGAUGCUUUCAUCUCUGCCGUAGCGAACAACGAUCCGUCCCUGAUCCGCUCAGGUCCGGAGGAGACCCUGCAGAGUCACAGGCUGGUGUUUGAGGCGGAGCGAUCGCGACUAGAGAGCAGGGUGGUCCACUGCAAUGGUGUCGACCUGAGCCAGACUGCACCAUAACACUAAUACAGUCACACGCAAACAGCACAGUAAAAUAAUGAAGGAUGGGCAGAAAGACCUGCAAUGUAAGCAGGCUGAUCUAAAAAAAGAAAUUACUCAGGUAUUUUAAUUUUGUGUGUGUGUGUGUGUGUGUGUGUGUGUGUGUGUGUGUGUGUGUGUGUGAGAGAGAGAGAGAAAUCAUUCUGUUUAACAUUUCAAAUCUCUAAGCUAAAGGUUAGAAUAUGUCAUUAUUCUAUUAUACUACAAUAUGUCAACUUAUUUAAAAAAAAAAUUUUCAUGUAAUUUUUUUAAAGGUCAAGUUAUCUUUAGUGAAAUAUCUUUUAAUCAUAUUUUGCUCAGAUGCUUCAUGGAGUCACAUUGUCAGUUUGUACACCUGCAUCAGUAUAUGUGUAAACAGGCAGAGUGCUCAGCAGUUGGUCUCAUUUCCUGUGACCCCCGUUCAUAUUUUAAUGCAUAUGGGCAUUUAUAAAGUGUAAUUGCACCCGUACUGAUUAUUUUUACAAAUACAGGUGUACAUGGAUACAGUGACACAUUCAUGUCUAUAGAAAACAUGUAUGUCCUUCCUUGUCAAAGUCAAAUCAAUUUUAUUUGUAUAGCCCAUUAUUACAAAUUCUCCUCAGUGGGCUUUACAGCAACACAGCAUAAUGUCCUUAGAGCCUCACAUCGGAUAAG